GCGAGGAGUCGCCGGAGGGGCUCGCCGGCGAGUGGGGGUCAGCAAGUGGGGGCGGUGUGGGCCGAGUCGAUCCCGAGCUUUGGGCUGGUGCUCCUGGGACGGGGCGACCGCGUAAGGCUUCGCAAGGUCUCGAAAGAGAUUCUUCACGAAAAAAUAGACGGAUUCCCCAAUCUCGUACUUCCGCCGUCUCUUCGUUUCGUUCUUCUGCUUGUCGUCGUCUGCUUCCAGUCCCAGCCUCGCACCUCUUACGACAUCGCCGCUCGCCGGCCGGCCUCCACUCACCAAGCCGCCCACCUCCUCCCCUUCCACCCGCACCGGCAGCUUCUCUCCAGCGGUCUCGUGACUCGUGGUCCUCGCCGCCGUCGGCUAGCCAAGGCCCGAGGUGCUGACUAAGCACAGAAGCCUGUGUUGUCCCCUCAAGCUCCAAGAAGGCGAGAACAAUAGCCCGCCUCUUCCACGGCGGCAAGGAAGCGAGACGAGCCUACUCGAGACGAGCUCCAGCUUCACCGAGCCGCAUUCGAGCCUGCCUUGAAGCUCGAAGGUAGAAACAAGAUCGCCCGAGCUCGGCUCGAAUUUGUAUCGAGCUCGAGCCUAGGAAUCCGAGCUCGGCUCGUUGACAACCCUAACUCGGUUGUUCUUUGCGUCGCGCAUACCCUUUACCUCUUCCUCUGUUUCGUGCUUUCCUCUGUCUUCCUUCUUCCUCUUCCGUGGGCGGCGCGCAACUUUGCCCAACUCUUCACGGAAAUUCCCCGGGGUAUAUAUAUCCCACAGGGCGGCACGUUGGAUGUAGCUUCCACUCAUCCGCUACCCUGACCGCAUCCCGAUUCCGAGAACCUUCGUCGCGGCAGGUGAUGCUUUUAGCAAACUCAGACAUAGAACAAUGUCGAUGAGCUAUGAUGGGGAUCGAAGCGAGGACCGGCAAAGUGAGGAGGUUCAGUCAGCAUACAAAAGGUUCAAUGAGGUUAAUGAGGAGAUGGUAGUAAGGAGGAACUUUAGUUUGGGUCAUAGUGGAGAGCAAAAUGAUGAAAAUGAGUGGAGUUGGGUGCUCCAAGAUACAGAUGGUGAUCCUCUUGCUGAAUCAGUUUCUUCACUUCAUACGACACAAGAAGUCCUUGAAAGUGGGAUACAAAAACUGUCAGAACUUAACAAAGAGUUUGAAGCAGAGGAGUCCAGUUGUGGUAACAAAGACCAAGAUGUGAUCGUUUUACCGUAUACGGAGGUUGAUGUGUUGGAAAUGAAGAUGGAGCAUCUUGAACAGAAACUGAAAGAAGCAUCAAACACCAUCAGAGAAAAAGAUUUAAGGAUAUCCAAUCUUCAAAUAGUUAUCGAUAGUGCACACAGACCAAUGCUGGAGGACGACGCCGCUAACAUUGAUCAGUUGGAGAUGGAGGUCGAACGCCAACUGCAGGACAAAAUACAAGCCGAAAUUCAGUGUCUGGUGAUGGUGAAGGCAAGACAGAAUUGGCAAGUCCGGGCAGAGGAUCAGAUCGCCUUGGAGGAGCACAAGUUGUCUGCCGGGGACAACACGAAAAUGAUGCUCAAGCUGCGAGACACGGAGAACAAGAUCAUCAUGCUGAAGGAACAGGUGGACAAGCUGGAGGCCCGUGAGAAGGAGCUCUUUGGGACGACCGAAACCCUGAAGAUGCAAAGCAGAACCUUCGAAGUAUCCCUCUUUGGUCUCGUCCAGCUGAUAAUGCUGUGCCUUUCCUUGAAGAUGUUCUUCACACAAGUUUCAGUCCCUUUCGCUGACGUUGUACCAACGUGAUUUAGUUAGUGUUCUUUCAGUCUGUAAAUUCGCUUCACCUGGUUUGCAAUAUCUUAGGAGGUAUAGCUUCAAUACAGUUUAGUGCGCGCGGUGAUGUACAUAAAAAACUACGCAUAUUCUGUAAAAUAGAUCUGUGCAUAAAUUGGUUUCAAUUGACUGGUCGAA